AAUAUCUGAAAUAUUCAAACAAGAUUAGAUAAAAUCUCCUAUAAUGGGGAACAUUAGUUUGGAAGAAGCUAUUGUUACAAUUAUUCUGUUUUAAAAUCUUAAAACGGUUUUAUCUUUCGAUUUGUGUUUUUUUUUUUAAAGAAUGUUAAGAACCGAAUACGACAAAAUUGAUCAUGUGUCGGAAGAAAAGGAACGAGAACUUCUAGAAGGUUACUCGCGUAAUCUUAGAAGGAAAUCAGUACUUAGUCCAAGAAUGUUGAAACCGCCAGGUGAUGAUUUGGAAGCUGCGGCUAAUUCCCCAGCCAAUUCCAUAACUUCCGUUAAUUCAAUAGCUAGUUUACUUAGAGAAAAAAUUCAGAAUCUUCCGCAGACAUUUAGAAAAAAGAAAUCCCCGGAAUACAAAACCAAAAUAUUCGUCGGAUUAUUGUUUAUUGCAAUUAUCGUUCUUAUAGUAACGGCAUACUUUUUAUAUCACCAAAAAGUAUUAGCGAAAGUAUACUUUGGAAAAAUGAAACUGAAUAAAGCGAAACGGACGUUAAAGAUAUACAAUAAGGACGGGGUGGAUAUAGUACAGCUAUCUUUAGGAACCACAAUCAACUACGAUAAUGUGUUGCCUUGCCUUCCCAUGGAUGUCAGAGAUGAUGGAAGUUUGUGUUUGGAAUGGAUGCACAGAGCUAGGUUAUACUUGAAUUUUGCUGACUUGGGAACGGACGUAAAAUGUUACAACUUACAGUGGAUCUCCCUCUCGGAAAAUUUAUUUCCAACGGAUUGCUUCGAUAUGUCAAACGCCCACUGGUACGGAGGCGGGCAAACUGCCGAAAAUGCUUGGCCUCUGGAGAAAGGAAGCUUCUUCUACCAACCCAUUAUUACAGGAAACAUAGAAACCCAUGAAUGGGGAAACGUCGUAAAGCGGUAUUUCAUCAAUUCUAAAGGAGCUGCCAUCAUAAUAAACGAUAAGACGCCGUUGUACAUUUCGAUAAAAGAUGCCCCCAAGAAAGAGUUCUGCCUCCGAGCACAAUAUGACAACUUUGCGUUCGUUAACAGAUUUACAACCACCGCGCAACUCAAUUACAGUAUUUGCACCAGUUCCAACAUGACUCAAUUACACGAAUUUCUUAGCGAGCACACGCUUUGGGACGGACUGAAAAAAGAAGACGAAAAUAUAAUUGAUUAUUUCUUGAAAGAACCGGUCUGGGAAAUGCCCGAAUCUAAAGAAUAUUUAACUCAAGACGCAAUUGAUCAGUACACAACCAACAUAACCAACUCAGUGGCAAUUUUAAAACAAGGCCACGUUUUAAUCAACGAAUUUUGGCAAGACCAAGUCGGAAAUUUCGAAUUGGACCCAGACAGAUUUCCUUCUUUCGAAACGGUAAUGGAAAAACUCACCAGGAGAGGAUUCAGAGUGGUAUUCACUAUUCAACCGUUUAUUUCGACAGAAAGUUUCAAUUUUGCUGAGGCGGUUAGAAAAAAAUUACUUAUCUCGGAACGAUUCAACGAUAGAAGAAUCCCAGCUUUGACGAAAUAUAAAACUGUGCAAAGUGCUGGCGUGCUCGAUAUCACCAACAACCGUACGGUGUCUUGGUUAUUAGAGAAACUGAAAAAAGUCAAAAAUACUUAUAAAAUUGAUGCUUUUUACUUAGAUUUGGGCGUCGCUUACAAUAUGCCGCAUUACUAUCAAUGCGAAAAAGCUUUAUUAAACCCUGAUGAGUACAAGACAAUGUUCGUGAAUAUUCUGCAAGGUGAAGUUCCUCUCUUUGGAGUGAACAGUGCGAUUGUAAGACCAAAAUCGCCGAGUUUUGUGGUAUUACCGGAAUUCGAAUUCUCCUGGCAAGGGUUGCAAAAAAUUAUUCCCACAAUUCUGACCUACGGAAUAUUGGGGUAUCCUUUUUUGAUACCGGGUGCAGUUGGCGGUGACUAUCCUGGUCCUGAGACUAUGUCAUUGAUGAACGAAACUGAUGAUGUCUUACUUGAUCCGGAAUUGUAUAUCAGAUGGUUACAAUUAUCGGCGUUUUUACCAGUUGUUAGAUAUCGACAUUUGCCCAGUAAUUAUGAUCAAAGGAACAUUUCUGGUUUGGCUAAGGGAUUGGCUUUGACUAGACAAGAUAAGAUAACUCCAAAAUUGCAAAGAUUCGCCAGGGUUUCUUUGAAUUUGGGUUUACCAAUAAUAAGACCAUUAUGGAUGCUAGGUGCUGAAGAUCCUGCUUGUCAUCUGGCUGUUGAUGAAUUUUCCAUUGGCGAUGAUAUAAUUGUAGCACCUAUCUUACAUAAAGGUUCUAGAAAAAGAGAGAUUUAUCUUCCUGCUGGAGUUUGGAGGGACGGAAUAGACCACACCUUAAGGAAGGGUAGUCGAUGGAUACAUGAAUAUAAGGUAGAAGAACAAGACGUUGCAUAUUUCGAACGAAUGCCAGAUGACACAAGAUUUUGAAUCUCAGAUGUAAAAUAAACCGUUGUUCUAAUUAAUAAUGAACGAUAUAUUGAUAUUUGAAAGACUAGAUUAGAAUAUACUGAGACAUUAACGGUUACUUUUUAAAAUCUACAUUUGUUAGAGUCGAUUGUGUAAAACUCGGAAGACAGAAAAGAUUUUGAUUAGUAACUUUAGCAGCAAGGUUAGAAACAUAGUGAUUGAUGAUCGCUGGUUGGUUGCCUGAAUGUGACAUAGCUAGUAAGAAAUAUCAUGUCAAAUGCAGACGUUUUGAACAGACACUUAAUUUGAUUGUAAAGUGUGGGUGUGUAGGCAUGUACAGUACGACAGAGCGAAGCUCAUUUCAUUCCGGUUUUUCGAUGUGAUCACAUGGAUCUUAAUACAUUAUAGUCGAAAGUGUGCAUUUUGAGACGUUACAGUAAAAGAAUGCAUUUUGAAUGCACAAGCUCGAGAAAUUAUACAUUUUGUUUUGAAAUUACAUUGGAGGAAGCAGAUGGAAAUAAACCCUUUAUUGAAUUUCAUAAAAUACAAGAACGGGUAGCUGAGUUGACAAUAAUUUAAAAUUUUCAGUUCCCAGUAAUAAAGAAACUUAGCUUUAUACCAAUAACUACU